CAAUAGGGGUGUCCCCAUCCUGCUUCAUAUCUCUCAUGAGGCCUUUUGCAGUUCCCAGAUUAAGCUGGUUCCCCAGCUCUGACAUUCACCACAACCUCAUGCUUAAGAGAAUUGAGCCUGCCUCGCUUUGCUAUUUUCCUGCCUGCCUGCCCCAAUGUGAGGAACAAGGAACUCCACAGACACUCCGAGUCCUGCCCCACAGAACUGACAUGGAUGAAAAAGAGGAAAUGCUGCAAGCAAAAUGAGCUGAUCCCUGGAUCCUGCAGCCUCUCACCCUCCUGGCUGCCACAGAUAUGCCAGAGAAGCAUAUGUUCUGCGGCACGGAGUAGUGAUAAGAUGCUCUUUUACUGGUAAUUCUCAUACCAGGAGGAAGCUUUGGUGUGUCCAACGUCAGUGCGAGUUACUUUCUUUAUAUGACUUCUGCUGCCUGCUCUGCUUGAAGAGGAGAAGCCUUCCUGCAUAUUUCCAUGAAGCGAUUUAAGAAAAUGCACCUUACAGCUGAUGACUGUGAAGCUCUCAGGAGGAGCACUGAAGGUUUAUCCUCCCUGACACAACCAUUGAAACAAAGGAGAAGCAGAGGAGAUGUCAACAGGGGCCUCCAACCCACCCAUAGAACAAGGAGGCAACCAAGAGCCCAAGGGCAGCAGAAGAACAUCACGGAUUACUUUAAGAUCUCUCAGACACAGCAGACAGUUGCUGGUAGAACAUCUAAGAACAUAAGCGUCAAGGAAGAGCUGCUGGAUCCUUUCUUUGCUGAAGAUGAUGAAAGUAGCAUCUCCAAUGUGUUGGAGACAAGUGAUGAUUCCUCCUCAUUUCUAGAGGAUGAGUACAUGGGAAACUCAAGAAAACGGCCCCUGUCCUCCACAGCUCCAGGCAGACUUCAGAUAGAGAACGAUCUGUGGGGUGAACCUGAAAAGAAGGCAGUUGUGGUUCAUCCUGAGGACACUCAAAUCAAGCAAGAGCUUGAUGAUGAAAUAGAAAUCGAGCCAGUCCCUGAUGCACACUAUGGGCUCCUGGGGACUCGGAACUGGGAAGUACCUCAGGGAAGCAUUGAAGACUUGCCUGAUGAAGUCCUGAGGAUCAUCUUUGCUUUCCUACCAGUGACUGAUCUGUUUCAAAGCCUGAGCCUGGUGUGCCACCGCUGGAGGAUUAUUGUUGGUGACCCACGGUUCAUCCCUUGGAAGAAGCUGUACCAUCAGUACCUGCUGAAGGAAGAUAUGGCUCUGCACAGGGUUGAACGGGUCUUGCAGGAUUUUGCCAUAACAGAUCAAAGUAAAGAAUGUAUCUUGGGGCUCAUCAGGUGUGUCUCUGCCAUUUCCACCAGCAGGCACGUAGAUCCCAGUGCAGUCCUCCAGUGUUUGAAGUGUCACCACCUCUUCUCAAGGGCUGAAGUCUGCAUCGCAAACAAACUGCCACACUUACAGAGCAAGACAGGGCCUGAGAACAUGUGGGCCAUCAUCACAGCUAUGGUGCUUUUCUCUGAUGGUGUCCGUGACAUCCAAAGGCUGAUGGCAUGUCUGCAGAGACCCUGCUCUUCCCUCUCCAUUGUGGAUGUGACUGAGACACUAUACUGCAUUGCCACACUGCUGUAUGCCAUGAGGGAGAAGAACAUCGCCAUCACUAACAGGAUCCAUUACAAUAUUUUCUAUUGCUUGUAUCUGAUGGAAAAUGCUUCUGUGACUGCACCACAGGUGGUAGAAGAGGGAACGCCAUCUUCACGCUGCAGGCAGGAUUUCUGGUCCAGUAGUUUGUCUGAAGUGAAACUGACCCAUGAACAGCAAAGGAUUUUGAAUCACAAAAUCGAGCGUGGUCAAAUAGUGAAAAUUAUGGCAUUUGCAGGUACAGGAAAGACCUCAACGCUGGUGAAGUAUGCAGAGAAGUUUGCUGACCUCAGUUUCCUCUAUGUGACGUUUAAUAAAGCUGUUGCAGAGAGGGGCAGGCUCGUCUUCCCCAGGAAUGUUACAUGCAAGACUUUUCAUUCCUUAGCGUUUGGAAGCAUCGGCAAACAAUAUAAAGAGAAAGGCAAACUGAACUUCUCGAAGCUCUCGGCAUACUCUGUGAGUUUUCUUAUCCAGAACCGUGAGGGACAAUCUAUCUUCAUCAGAGGGAAAACGGUCUCACAGACCCUUGAAAACUUUUUUGCCUCUUCAGAUGAAGAGAUCUGUGAAGAGCACUCACCUGUUUGGUUCAAAAACACCCAUGGAGAGAGAAAACUUGUCAGCCCAAAAGAAAAGAGAAUCAAUGUGGAAGAGGCAAAAGAGAUUUGGCGCAACAUGAAGAAUCUGGAUGGAGAUGUAGAGAGGAAAUACAAGAUCACCUGUGAUGGGUAUUUGAAACUCUGGCAGCUCAGUAAGCCUCAGCUUUCAGGAUACGAUGCCAUUUUUGUUGAUGAAGCACAGGACUGCACGCCAGCCAUUGUGGAUAUUGUGCUGUCACAGACAUGUGGUGUCAUCCUUGUAGGGGACCCUCAUCAGCAGAUCUAUUCCUUCCGAGGUGCUGUCAAUAGCCUCUAUGCAGUGCCUCAUACCCAUAUCUACUACCUGACCCAGAGUUUCAGAUUUGGUCCUGAGAUAGCUUACAUUGGAGCAACCAUUCUAGACAUCUGCAAGGGCAUCAGGAAUAAGACAUUAGUGGGUGGAAACCAAGAGGGUGAUGUGAGAGGCAGCAUGGCAGGAAAGAUAACAAUGCUAUCACGAAGCAACUUCACUGUGUUUGAGGACGCUGCGAAACUUGUUGGAAGAGAAAGGCAGAUUAAAAUACACAUCAUUGGGGGGCUUGUGCGUUUUGGCCUGAGCAAAAUUUAUGAUAUUUGGAAGCUCAGUCUACCAGCAGAUGAACGGGCAAAAGCAAACCUUGCGAUAAACGACUCCUUUAUCAAAAGAUGGGAAGAAAACGAUGGCUUCAUCGGUUUGAAGGAUUAUGCGACACGUGUUGACGACAGAGAGCUGGAAAUGAAGAUUAGGAUAGUGGAGAAGUUCAAAGAGCGGAUCCCUGAGCUGGUGCAGAAGAUUGAGAGCAGCCACGUGUUGCGAGAAGCUAUGGCAGAUUACCUUAUAGGCACCGUCCACCAAGCUAAAGGCCUGGAGUUUGACACAGUGCUGGUUGCAGAUGACUUUGUGGACGUACCGUGUGUCAGUGGCAAUAACCAGAGAAGACCUCAAUUCAUUAUUGGCAUGUAUCCUGAGGAUGAAUGGAACCUCCUCUAUGUUGCAGUGACACGUGCAAAGAAAUGCUUGCUGAUGUCACAGUCCCUCGAGCACCUUUUGGCAUUGGCAGGGGAGCACUUCCUUCGUGUGGAGCUGUUGGGUGAGGCUGUGAAGACCAGUAUUGCUUGUUCUGAACAGCGGUGCCAGCAAACGUUGCCAUCUGACAUCAGGCUGGUUGUGAAGAAGCUGCCUCUGAUUCAUAGCAAUGGCAGCAAGGAUACGGGUGGCUACCUUUGCUAUUCCUGUGUGCAGAAGCGUUUUGGCACUAUGACACCUCUGGCCUUCCUCCCAACACUUCACUAAGAGGCCAUCAUGCUUUAAUGAAGCCUUCCAAAGAGCCAUUGCCUCAUCCUAGAGAUGUACUGAGUGCAGGAUGACAACUGUUGUCACAUCCAUGCUCCAAAAUCAGCUUGGAUUCUCCAGACCAGCUCCAAGAGGAACCAUCUAGGCUGCUUAUAAGGAGUGGUGAGACCUUUACUCGAACCCUGCAGGAGCUGGUCAGCAUGACCUGCAUCACUGCACAAAUAACAUGCACAAUGCAAAGUCUAUUGGUUUGUUCUCUCCAUCUCCAGGAAAACACUUUCAGUGACAAAGCUGCUGGGGUUUCCCUGCCUUUUCUCUCACAUUGUGCCUCAGGGAAAUCCUCAUCCAACAAAAGGGAAUCUCAGUGCUGAGAAAUAACCAGAGAAACUUUAUAUUCCUAGAAAAUGAACUUUUUCCCAGAACCUGUUUCAAUGGGGACCUUUUCACUAUCAGCUUUGGAUUGCUGAGGAAGAAGGAAGUCAUAAUUUCUCCCAGCUGAAUUUAAGUCAUUUGCCUUACUCACAGCCAAGAGGUUUCCUUGGGCUUAAUUUCUCUUUGUAGCAAAACACUGAGGGAAGGGAGGCAGCAUUUGAAGAACUGCUUCCAUUUGAUUCCAAUCUAAUACAGCUGAUCAGAAAGAGAACACUUUUAAUACAGAGAUAAAAUUUGUAGGAAAAAAAGAAAAAGCUUUAAUACUUUGUUUUCUUUCUCUCCCAUUGAGAAGUCUUCCUGGGUUGUAUUUAUUUUUCAGCCAUUGCAAUAGCAGUGGCUCUAUCAGUCAGAGGGUGGCUUACACUGCCUGUUUCAUGAUAACGCUUUGGUUUGUUGUCCCAGAGCCCACAUCAUGCACAGAUGAAAACUGAAACCAGUUUAGGUAGAGACGUGAUCUUGGCCUUCAGCCUGGAGCCAUGAGCAGUGUUAGAUGGAGGAAACUCCCACAUCCUGUUGACUUCCACUGUUAUUCGUGGAAUGGCAGCUAUUUUGUUGGCUCUCCUUUUGCUUUCGAAGCAAAACAGAAAGACUUUCUGUUUAUCAAAAAUGCAGAUAACUUCGCCCAGAACUUGGAAGUUUGAAUACAACUGCGAAGCUCUUGCAGGCACAGGACUGUGAACCUCCAGCAUUCCCUUCCAUCUCUUGUCCAACCAUCCCGUGGCACUUUGGGGUUAUAGGAAACCUUGUUUUAACACGUGUCUUCACACCAAAAUGCUGUUUUCCAGCUCAGACAGUCCAGAGCAGUGAAACAAACACAAGGACAGGAGAAAUGAGGAAGAGACACAUUGGGUUGGCUUUCCAGCUGGCUGAUAAAAGCCCCCUUUGCCUUCCACCUGAGCCAGAUGGGUGAUGAUGAAGGUCACCUUGCCUUCACCUUUUGCCUCUAGAGGAGGGUGAUGCUCAUUUAGAGUUUGCAGUGGGUUACUGCAGCUCUGUAUUCAACCAUGAGCCACCCAUCCUCGUUGUCCAAAGCCAACUUCUACCCAUGAAGAUUAUUGGUGUCCAUGGUACCCAUCAGUGAGGAGCUGCAAUCAUAGAAUGUCUCCUUUCCUCUGGUUCAGUCCUACCUGGAAGACCACCAGCAGCCCUGGCUGCUACAGGGAUGUGUUACACUUCAAACCAGCUCCUGUCUGUUCCAGCAUUCCCACUGUCCUCCCCAUCAUUGUGGCUGGCAAGACACCCAACUAAAGAAUCAGCCACUCUGUGUGUAUUUUUACAUUAUAAUAUAUAACUUUUAUAUAUAAAACAUCAGUACAAAACCA